GGUUUGUGCUGUAAACGCGCUGCGACUGCGUGUAAUGUAGAGUUCAUCGGCUUGCCGCAGUCGCCUCAGAAACACCACAAAAAGGUAACUAGCGUUUAAGGUAAAAGAACCGACGGGCUACCUCUACAGGUGUCGCAUAGGCAAGCGCAUAUCGCGAGAGUCGAGUGAUAAGCGCGGCAAUUAUACCACCUCUGUGUCAACGUCGUCUGGCUCAAAACAUACUGCAUCGGCGAUUUCGAGAAGCUUGCGUCGCCCGAGAAAGUCCAGGCAGAGCGUAAGGUUUAGCCCUAAUGGAUAUCGCUUGACAACAGGCAGGGCUAAAGACAAGGCGGUGGCAGGAAAAGCUGUCGGACAGGUCGAUCGGCAAAUGCGCCACGGGCAAACUCGACGGUGCCCCAAACAGGAAAGAAAUUCUCCCAUCGCGAGCGAUCACCCUUGACAGGCGCUGGCAUUGUCAGGGUUUGCGAUGGAGGCCAGCCGACUUCCAGCCGUCUGUGCUUCGCCGUUUACUCGUAAUAUUUUGCGAAAUUAUCGAAUUUUAGCGCGAUGAAACACUGUCACCAAGCUUACGGCCGGUUCUAUAAGUGGCCCGUGAGCCUAUUUAGGGUAGGAGUGGUGUACGCCGUUGACGAGCCAAGCAUAUGCGAGGUUUCGCUUCGUAGUUUAGACGGACGUGCGAGAGCGCUACAUCGGUGGACUUAGCGGAAACGUAGGCCGAUGUUCCGUACCUCGGGGCGCGUUUUAGGUUACCAAGGACGUACUGCUUAAUAGGAAGAGGAAACACGCGGCCAAAAGGCCGAAAACGAGGUCACUAGUAAGGAUCGCUGGAAAUCCUAAAUGGCUGUCCGCGAGAACAGGGCAUCCCUGGCUGGCUGCUGAUGCAGUAUUGAACCAAAAAGAUUAUCAAAAUAUCUGAGGUGAGCCCGGGAGGCGGCGGCUGCCGGAAGCCACCGAAGAUGGCUUCCAAGCGGCCAGCCCCGCAGGACUCCCCCGGGGUUUCCUCCUCGGCCCCUUCGGCAAAGAAGGUUCACUUCGAACCCUUCCGGAUCGGACAGGUCUCCACGCUGGAGGAGAUGGAUAUGAAGACGCUGCAGUUUCAAAAUCGCAAGCUAGCACAGCGCCUCGAUCAACGCAUACGGCAAGAGAGUGAGCUGCGUGCGCGCGUGGAGCAGUUGGAGAAACGGCAAACCUCCGACGAAGGGGUCCUCACAGUUGUCAACAGGUACUGGAACCAGCUGAAUGAGGACCUGCGCGUCCUGCUGCAGCGCUUUGACUCGGAGGCGUGGGACGAGUCUGAGCAGCGCAAUGAGGCGGAGGCCACCACGUCCUUCCUGGGCAUGCUGCUGCACUGGGACCGCGAGGAGCUUGAUGAGAAGCUCGCCCAGCGGGUGCAGGUGUCCACCCGUGCCAUCGCCAAGCUGCUGCAGGCCUUCGACCGCCUGGUGCAGAGGAACCACAAGGUCAUGCUGGCCCUCCAAGGGGAAGAACCACCUGGCCCAGAUGGAGAGCCAGCAAUGGACACUGGUCGGGCGCCCGAUCUGAAUGAGGCAGUUAGGCAGGCCAACGUAGAGCUGCAGAUGGAGAACAAGAAUCUCCAUGCGCUCGUCACCUCACUGCACGAAAAGAACCACAAGCUCAGCCUCAAGUUUUCGGAGCACCAGGACCAGGUAGACUCGAUGCAGACCAAGAAUGACGAACUGCGCAAUCGCGUCGAAGAGCUUGAAUACGAGCUGAGCAAAGUGCGCGCGCGCGAAGAGAAACUCGACUGUCACCUGGCCGACUGCCUGCAGCGCAUCAAGAGCUUCCAGGUGGAUGGCUGUGACACCGUGCCCACGGCUGGCUCUAGUGGUGGUUCAGGUGGUGGAGGAAUGUCCAACCUGCGCCUGGAGGACCUGCAGAGCCAGCUGGAGGAGCAGCGGGAGCUGGCAUCGGCACGUCUGCUCGAACUGGAGCAGCUGCAGCACGACCACAAGGAGGCCCUGAAAACGGUAGAGCGGCUGCGGCUAGAGCUGCGGUCGCUGCCCGAGAGCCUGGUGGUGAGCACGGCCGAGUACAAGUGCCUACAGAGCCAGUUUUCGGUGCUGUACAAUGAGAGCAUGCAGCUGAAGACGCAGCUAGACGAGUGUCGGAACACCAUGACGACCAGCAAGAACUAUUACACGCGCCAGAUUGAGCAGAUGGAGAGCGACGAGCUGGCUGCCCAGAAAAAGCUUCGCUCCGACGUCAUCCGCCUCGAGGACAACAUUGCGCAGAUUCGCCGAGAGUACGAGAAUCUACGCAUCGAGUUUGAAUCAUCGUCGGUGUCCAGCGAGCAGGCUCAGCCAAUCAACCGGGAGAUGCGGCACAUUAUAACGAGCCUGCAGAGCCACAACAGGCAGCUCAAGAGUGAGGUUUCCCGCAACAAACGCAAGCUGCGCGAGGCCCAAUCAGAGGUGCAGAAGCUGAGGCAGAUGCUGGAGAUGUCUAAUGUGGCUGUGACCUCCGCCUCUGCUCCUCCAUCAGCACCGUCGUCAUCAGGCGAGGGCGGCUCCACACGUAGCGAUGACGCACCCAUGACGCCAAUGUCGUCGGGUGCCAGCACGAGCACGGUGGGGUCGGGAGGCAGCGCUAGCGGCUUGGGAGCCGGUGGUGGACGCGGCGGGGAGGACACGCCUGUGUCGCGCCACGAGGAAGACUGCAGGGUUGAGGAAGAGACGAUCCCAGAGCGGGAGAAAGGCAAGAGCGACGCAGACAUCAUACGCGACCUCAAGGCGCAGCUCAAGAAGUCGCAAGAGGCCCAACGGGAACUAAAGCUUCUAUUGGACAUGUACAAGGGGGCACCAAAGGAGCAAAGGGACAAGGUUCAGCUCAUGGCGGCCGAGAAGAAAGCGCGCGCCGAGGCCGAGGAGCACCGGCAGCAGUUGAAGAAGCUGGUGGAGCACGAGCGCAAGGAGCGCCGGAAGCUGGCCGACGAGGACGCCAUGAAGAAGAUCCGGGCCCUGGAGGAGACGGUGAACAACCUGCACAAGAGCCUAGCCGCCCAGAAGCAGGAGGAGGAGGCCCUGCUGAGCGAGAUGGAAGUGACGGGCCAAGCGUUCGAGGACAUGCAGGAGCAGAACCUGCGGCUGUUGCAGCAGCUGCGCGAGAAGGACGAUGCCAACUUCAAGCUCAUGUCAGAGCGCAUCAAGUCCACCCAGGUGCACAAGCUGCUGCAGGACGAGAAGGUGGCGCUCAUGGAGCAGGCUGCGCGCCUCCAAGACCAGGUGGAAGCCCAGAACCAGGUGGUGCGCAAACUUGAAGAGAAAGAGCGUCUGCUGCAAAACAGCCUGGCAACCGUCGAGAAGGAGCUCAGCCUGAGGCAACAAGCCGCAGAGGUGCACCGUCGCAAAGCUGUCGAGUCAGCCCAGUCGGCAGCCGACCUCAAGCUGCAUUUGGAGAAAUACCUGGCACAGCUCAGGGAUGCGCAGAGCAUAGUGACGGAUCGCACUGCAGUUCUGUCACAAGAGACAUUCAAGACCAAGAGGCUACAAGAGGAGAUCUUAUCACUACGCCGUAAGGUCGAACGUGCAAAAAAAUUUGAGCUGGCCACUAACACUGAUGAGGUCCUCAUGGAGGAGAUCAAGGAGUACAAGGAGCAACUGACCUGUCCCUCCUGCAAGGUGAAACGCAAGGACGCGGUGCUCAUCAAAUGCUUCCACGUCUUCUGCUACGACUGCCUCAAGACGCGCUACGAGACCCGCCAGCGCAAGUGUCCCAAGUGCAACGCUCCAUUCGGCACAAAUGACUAUCACCGGUUGUACCUCACCUGAGAAGAAUGUGCACCCUCUCCCUUAUUCUCUUCCUCGGGGGUUGUCCUCUCAUCGCCACCACCACCUCAUCCCUCGCCACUGUCACAGAUGCAUUGGUUGUACUUGAUUUUAAUGCCUUGGUCUAUAUUGUUUUCGCAUUAUGUAUAAUAAAAGAGCGUAUUGUUUCGUGCA